CUAAUUUUCCACCUUGGACUUGCUUGGACUCGACCCCAUCAUGCCAUUGUUGGCAUGAGGUUCAGCCUGCAGCGGCAAGCUUGCAAGCCUGGCCAAGAGCGCAGGUGGGACCGCAGGCGGUGCCAGGACAAAGGGCACUUUGACUCGGAUCAAAAGUACGAGAAGGCGACUAGCAAAGAAGCGCCGUUGAGCUGGCUUCAGAAGAGGUUAUCCACAAGAUCUUUGAUGAACAUGGUGGUUGCGGCGUCUGCGUACACAAUGUGCCCGGCCAUUGCGAAUGCCGUGACCAGGAAUGCCACCACUGGGGUUGCUGCGGUUCGGAAGGCUGCAAUAGGUGCUCCGGUGCAGAGCUGGCUUGGGAGCCCGUUGUUGGGUGUGCUUCCCGCCAUGGGGCAGAGAAGCCACUGCUGCGAAUGCUGGCUAAGAGUGCCGCCGAUCAGGGUCUGUGGCCUCCAAAGAAAAAUCCAUGUUAGGUCCGUCUGUACGGAGGAGGGAGAAUGCAUGGACAGUCAGAAUCGGGGGAAGUCAAGUGCGGCAAGGACAAGGAGGGAGGCAAUGCUAAUUGCGGCGUUUCCAUUCCUAGCACUGCCAGUGCUGCCAGCUCAUGGGCUUGAGGUGCAAAAGGGUAAAGGGGAUCAGAACGGGCUUUUAAACGGAGCAUUGAGUCGCUACAUCAAGAGAAAAAAGCUGGAGCCGCUGGAUUCAUACCUGUCACAGAUCCUGCUGUCGGAUGCACAACUACAAAAGCUGGGAGACUCUAUUGCUGGUGAUGCGCCAGACUAUCCUGCAUUGCGGCAGCGGUUGCGGUCAGGAGCAUUUGCAUCUUUCAGGACAGACCUGCGAGCGAUCACACAAUAUUCUUCUGAAGAUGGCUGGGGAGCAAACGUGGGCAUCGUUGCAGACAGCAGUCUAAUGUCUCUUGAGAACCUAGAUGCACGACUCUUGGAUGCGAGCAGGACGUCAGCGGAGAAAGUAGACAAAGUUGCACUUGAGCGAAGUGUAGCAGACUUUCGAAGCGAUCUCAGCAAGUUGGUUGAGUCAGUGCCUGCAAAAGAUCUUGCACAAGCCCAGAAGAUUGCUUCGUCAUACUUGGGGACCAGCUUCGAUGGUCCAGCGGGGGAUGCAGUGCAAGCGGUACAAGCGACCGAGGUAAGACCCCGCAAAGAAGAGGGCUUAGAAACAGAGAGUAAACAAUCGGGGUUGAAGCGCGGAAAAGGGGGCUCCGUUGCUUUAGAGGAUCUGCUUUAACACGACCAAAAACGUGCUGCAAAGCGAUCUAUGCAGUUCUGCUGUUUGGCUGAGCAUGCAGGGUGGUUUUCAUCAGGGC